AUGGCCAUGCCGGGGCCGGCGGCGAGAUCGAGAAACCCCAAGCUGUUCGCCAAGGCGCGACGAGCGAGCGGCACCAGGAGGUUCGGGCACCAGCGAGGGGCGGGAGCGGCCGCGAGCUCGGCUAUCGGCUGGGGUCUCCGGAACGCGCUGAAAGUUUGGAGCUGCUUCCUGCUCCUGAUGGCAGCACUUGCUCUCUUCGUUCAGUUGAGAGAGCACCCGGACCUCAAGGCAGCCAAAGGACGGAACAUGUUUGAGAGCCUCCGCAACGUGCGCGGCAUGGACAUGAGCACCGUCAUGGUGCUGCAGGAUGGCACCAAUGACAAGGUCGCCGCCGUCGUGCGAGAGCAGAACCUGUACCUCAAGCAAAACACCCAGGCCCCCGGGCUCAGGGGCGGGCCCAAGCCCGGUGACAACGGCGCGAAGAGGAUCGCGAUGCACUACAAGUUUGCCCUGCAGCAUGCCUUCGAAAGGCGCCCACAGGCCCCUGCCGUUGUGAUCGUGGAGGACGACCUGCUGUUCUCGCCCGACUUCCUCGAGUACCUGGAGACCAACGCGCCGGUCCUGGAGAGGGACCCGACCACCCUCGUGCUCAGUGCGUGGAACGACAACGGCUACGCCGGAAGGGUUUCGGACAAGGCGGAGCUGAAGCGCACCCAGUACUUCCCGGGCCUGGGUUGGCUCCUUACCAGAAAACUUUUCGACGAGCUUGGACCCAAGUGGCCGCGCGAGCACUGGGACCAUUGGUUGAGAGAUCCAAAGCAGCACCAGGGGAGGGAGUGCGUCUACCCCGAGGAUCUGCCCACCUCAUCGACACAGCAAGGGGACGAGCAGGUGGUGAUGUGGUACACCCUGCAGCAGACGGAGGAGCCGCCUGCCCGGAGAGGGGCCAAGCCCAACCCUCCCCCCUUCAAGCCUCUCUCCAACGUCUUCGGGAUCUGGCACGAGUAUCGGAGGGGCGAGCACUCUGGGAUGCACAGCUUCCGGUAUUGGAACGCGCACGUCAUGCUCAUCAACGCGGCCAAGAACGAUGACAUCCGGCGCAACCGUGGCGAUGAGGGUAUCCGAUGAAGCGCGGGCGAUGCAAGACAGGGUCGGAAGGAGGUAGGCGUCUUGUCGAAGAGGACGAUCGUGCGUCGUGGAGGAACGAAGACAGCCGCCGUGUCUUGAAGGGAGAGAGGCAAAGCAGCAGUGCGUGCUUUUGGGAAGGAAGGAUUGAUGUAAGAGUGAACGAGGGUGGGGACGGGACGCACAGGGCGGGGAAGGGAGCCCUUCCGCUGGCGGUGUUGUUCCAUGAUUUCGAUAAAAGUCGGACCAGCCGCCACUACCACGUCACCGUACCCGCCCCACCACGUCGAAAGUGCCCGCCCGAGCCCGGCAGAUUACGUACGCACUUCAGGUCCUACGCAGGUUCUACGAACCGCACAUCAAUGCACCGUACGAACCUAACGGGACUGUUUUCUUAGUUCCGUAGAGAGGAGAUGGAUUUGUUGGGUCAUGCUAACAAACUUGGAACUCUGGGGCGUUUACUUUACCACUCGCAGCAGGUUCUACGAAACGCACAUCAAUGCACCGCACGAACCUAACGGGACUGUGUAGAAAAACUGUGUAGAAUUUAAUAAAUAAUCCAUACAAACUCAAGUGAAUUAACAAUUUCCGACUUUGGGCAGACGAUUAUAUGCAACGACGAAGCAAUGCAGUCCCCGCGCUUAAGCGCCUCUCUGGCCCCUCGUUCACCACCCUGCCCUCCACUACCAACGCACUUCUCGCCCCGCCCGCCACUGCCAGCCAUCCGCCUCGCGUAGACUUAUCAUAGUUUUACCGUCGAGGUUAUCGUUGGGUUACCGUUGAGGGUUACCGUUGAGGUAGCCUUGAGCACGAUGCACGGGUGGGGCGCCAUCUCCCACAACAAGUUCAAGCGCUUGCCGCCUUCCGCGCGCGCGCGCGCACAACUGCGCGUAAUUUUUCCUCCCUUCACUUUUUUUUUU